AUGAGCUUCCGAAGAAGGUCCCAAAUUGUCGUGCUGGAUUUCUGUGGCUUAUGCGGCCAUGACUUUGAGACUUCAAAAAAGCACGCAUUGGUAGAUCAAAGCCAGAUAUCCCUCAAACGCGAAGAAUGGGCCGAGAGCUACAAAAGGCAGAAAUAUACAGUUGGAAAACCAGAAGACUUGAGCGAGAUUUACUUCCGAUCACCAUGGAAACGUUUCUACCGAGCCAUCAUCCAUCAGGCGGACAGCGUGGAUGAAUACCGUCUCACUGGUGUGGCAAUUUACAAGAAUCAAGUGGACCAUGUGUUCCCAGAUGAUCCUGAGAAGCUCAUCUUGGGGGAUCCUGAAAAGUGGCCUGAAAAGCCCCUAUCAGCAGCCCUGGGCUAUUUGCGCAAUGGAAAGCCUUAUACGAUGCAUAAGAAGAAUGCAUACCCUGUACACGAGCGGUGUUGGUCAUUGAUGCUCCGGAUUCUGGACAUUGGCCUGGUUGAAAAGCAUCUUGAUUCAUCUAUCAAGGUUCUCUGUCAACAGGCCGGAAAGAAUAGAAAUGCAAAAAAUCUCUUAGUUAAUAUGCAGGGUUGUUGGAGGGAGCCGAAGAGAAGGUAUAAGGAUAUGUCCUGGGAGGAGUCUGAGAAAUAUGCCAAAGCUUGCGAGCAGCAGAUGAGUUGCACCGAUGAUAGUUGCUUCAACCGUUUCUAUGCACCAAGAGACCCGUUCAAUAUACCGGAACUGCGCUCUCCUCGACCAUCAGGAGACGGUUCUCGAGGAGGGUGCUCAAGAGGAAGAACAAGUGAAUCAAAAUGACCCAGCACCGCAAACGACGAAAAAGAGGAGGAAGGUGGCUCGGAAAUCCAAGAAAUUUUUGAUCUAGGAUAGAAAAAGAGGGUCUUCUAAUGUUCAAACCGUCUUCCGAUCAAAGCUGUUGGGUGCAUGAUGGAUUUUCAAACUCGUAUGGUGAUGUCCUCAGUGACAAUGUUGAAAUCAGCAAACAACCCCGGAGGCCGCGGCCUGGUGAUAACAGGUAAAAGGCGGAGGCUACAUGGAUGACAUGCGAAACCAUUCUCCGUCUAGCAAAUAGACAUUCAUGGUUUCCGGAGGCGAAAAAAUAUAAUCAUCCUCGGCAUCUGAGUUCUCGGUAUACCGGAAUCCCUUUCCCGUCGGC